GGGCAGGGUGUGACACCAAGACACAUUUAAAACGCAGUAGGUAAGAGGAAAACUAUAGUCUAGUGUAGCGUUUGAAGCCUACACACUUCCUAUUAUUACAGAGAUAUCAUCAGAUAUGUACACACUAUGGCCUCAGUCUAUGAGGCACGCUGUCCUCCUUUCACUAUAUCUACUUGUCUGCAGUGCAAGGCCUUCUUAUUACAUUACUGCGCCUGCUGAUAUUAUCAAGGGUGUUGAUAUAUCUUUUACUGUGCACUGGUUUGGGGACUCUGACCUAACUGUAACUGUUGGAAUUGGAGAUUCUUUUAAACUUUUAUCAAAUGUGACUAAAGUGAUCAAAAAAGAUUCUAUUGAAAUUAUCACUCUCCCAGGGAUAACAAAAAAUACCAGUUUUGAUAUGUUUGACCUGGCUGUCAAUGGAUCGACUCAGAAUGCAUCAGUUUUCUCAGAAACAAUGAUGAUACAAAUGCAAAUGAAAAACCCUGCAACAUUUAUCCAAACUGACAAAACCUUGUACAGGCCUGGAGAGACUGUCCAGAUUCGAAUCAUUUCCAUAAAUGAUGAUAUGAAGCCAAAUACAGGAAAUGUGGAACUUGUUAUAAGGGAUCCCAGAAGUAAUAUUGUCCAGAAGCACCCAAACAUGAUGUCAGAUUUGGGGGUAAUUUCAACUCAGUUCCAGCUUUCUGACAGCCCUAUGCUGGGUUAUUGGGGUAUAUCAGCAACAUUAAAUGGUACAACUCAGAAUUUUGUUUCCUUUAUUGUUGCUGAAAAUGUUUUUCAAAAGUUUGAUGUAAAGCUAGAUGCACCAUCUUUCUUCAUUGCCUCAGACAUGAAGAACUUUACUGGAAAAGUGACUGCAAAUUAUCGCUAUGGUAAACCUGUAAAAGGUAAUGUAACAAUAACAAUAACGACACAAGCUGAAGUAAAAGCGCAAAUAAGCAAGGAAUAUCAGAUAUCGGGGUCUGUGAACUUCAGCUUUACAUAUAAAGAAAUGUAUAAUACAAUUUACUGGGGAGGAAUAAACCUAACAGCCACAGUAUAUGAAGAACUGACCGGAAUUCCAGUAGAGACAUUCAUUUAUAUAAUAAAAGAAGAUUCAAGAUACAGGCUAAACAUCAUUAGCCAGAAACCAAUGUUUGAACAAAGUCUGAAGUAUACAGUUCAGAUUCAAGUACAAAGGGGUGACAAUAAACCCUUAACCAAAGAGGAAAGAGAAAAAAAGGUUGCUGUGAAAAUAACUCAAAGCAGAGGGGAUUUCGCCGUCAGGAACAUCAUGUCAGUCAGCACUGCAACUUUUAAUGUCUCCUGGCAAAACUAUACCCUUUCAGAGUCUGGAAUUGUCAGUCUAGAAUUUCCUAUUCCUCAGUCAUUUCCAAUGACACAACUAGAGAUUGAAUACCAGAAUGCAACUCGGUCACUCUACUUCCAAAUACCAGACGGCGUGACUCCUUUUAUCCAGAUAAACAUAUCAGAAACUUCAUUAAAGGUUGGGACACCUUUUCAUUUAAAAGCUAAUACAUAUCCAAAAGCUGAAGAUGUUUAUUAUGUGGUUUCUGCAAAUGGAAAGGUAUUGGCUGCAGGCAAGAAUAAAACCAGUUUUAGCCUCACUCCUGAACAAUCCUGGACUCCCAAUGCUCAAAUUUUAGUUUAUUUUCUCAAUCAGAACAACAGCUUUGAUGGUAUAAUCCAAACCACUCAGAUACUUCCUAUCACAGGUGCACUAAAGAACCAGGUGACUUUAUCAUGGAGUAAAAACAGUGCUAAACCAUUAGAAAAUGUCACCCUGACUGUCAAUGUGAAGGAAUCGCGAUCCUUAGUGGGACUGCGAAUUGUUGAAAAAAGUUCCACGCUUUUUGGGGAAGCAAAUGAUUUAACCUCCGGCAGAAUCAAUGACAGCUUUUUAAGGUAUUUUCAGAGGCGUCUAAUAAGUCUGACUGAUGGCGUAAUCUAUGAAACAUAUGGUGGUAUGGGAGAUAUGUCACGCGAAAUUCCUAGGCUUUCUAUGAAUGAAGAAAUUGGAAUACCACAAUUCCUACCAAGCAUGCCAGAGUUUAAAGAGACCUGGAUUUGGCUAGAAACUAAUAUAAGCUCAAGUUUAUCAAGAAAUCUUCAAGUAACUGUGCCAGACAAAAAUACUACAUGGGUGGCCACUGCAUUUGUUAUGUCUGAGGGACUUGGGCUGGGGAUUACUGGUGUGCCUAUUGAGCUGUCUGUGACGAAACCUCUUACCAUGACAUUUAAUAUGCCAAAUAUGUUAACAAGAGGCGAAGAGUUUAUCCUGGAAGUAAUGUUGUCAAAUUCCUUAACAGAAGAUAUGCAGGUUUCAAUUGCACUGGCAUCUAGCAAUUCAUUUGACAUAAUUGAAGCCAAUAAUAACACAGGCUUUGUAGCAGGACAGCGCAAUGUGAACAUCCUCAAAGCGAAUGGAACUAUUGUUUUCUUUCCUAUAAAGCCAAAAGUACUUGGCAAUAUUACAAUAACUGUUACAGCAACUUCAAAUGCAACAACUGUUUCUUUGACCAGAUAUUUUGUAGUAAGGGCUGAAGGUGUGAAGAAUUAUUAUUCAGAAGCUACACUUUUUGAUGUUCGUGGUAGUGCCAAUGCACCUAGUACAGUAUCAAAGAACUUUUCAUUUGCUUUCCCCAGUGAUUUGGUACAAGGUAGUGAAGAAGCAUUUAUCACAGUAGUUGGAGAUCUUCUUGGACCUUCAAUAAACGGUCUUGACAAACUUAUAACAAUGCCAUACGGCUGUGGAGAACAAAACAUGAUUGUAUUUGCACCAAAUAUAUACAUUCUUCUGUACUUAAUAGCAACUAAUCAAAUCGAUGCAAAUAUAAGGGAAAAAUCGAUAAAGUUCAUGGAACAAGGUUACCAGAGGGAGUUACUUUAUCUCCACUAUGAUGGUUCUUUUAGUGCCUUUGGAAAUUAUGAUACGUUUGGAAGUACCUGGCUCACUUCAUUUGUAUUCAGAUGUUUCCUUCAAGCUCGGCCUUUUAUAUACAUAGAUUCGAAUGUCUUAGAAAAUGCAGUCAAUUUUUUAAUACAGAAUCAGGAUACGAACAGUGGUAUGUUCUCUGAGCCUGGGCACGUAAUACACAGAGAACUCCAGGGUGGGCUCAAUGGUCCCAUCACCCUCACUGCUUACAUACUGACCUCAAUAUUAACAGAUGCAUAUUACAGGAAUAUUUACGAGGUCAAUGUUCAGAAAGCUGUGAAAUAUUUAGAGGGCAAGUAUGACAAAGUAAUUGACAGUAAUUACACCUUGUCAAUUGUUACAUAUGCAUUAUCGCUUGCUAACAGCACAAAAGCUCAAGCUGCUCUAACCCUGCUUAAUUCCAGGGCAACCAAUCAAGUUAAUGGAGGUACAAAGUACUGGUCUGCACCUUCUGAAUCAGCCAACAACUACUGGCAGCCAAGGAGUACAGAUAUUGAGACAGCAGCUUAUGCACUGCUCUCCUUCCAACAACAAAACCGAAUUGCAGAUGGUAUCCCUGUCAUGAAGUGGCUUAGCCAGCAGAGAAACCAACUUGGUGGUUAUGUUUCUACCCAGGACACUGUGAUAGCUCUGCAGGCUCUAUCCCAGUUUGCUCUGCCACCAGGUGAAACAUCUCUUGCUGUAACUGUUACUGGACCAGGUUCAUUUGUAACAAAAACUUUCCAAGUCAACUCCAAUCUCCUAGCAUUACAAAGCAAGCAGAUUGAUGUCUUACAUCCACUAUCAGUCACUGCCACUGCUGUUGGAUACGGAUUGGCUCUUGUUCAGCUUAAUGUAGUAUAUAACAGGGAGGCAUCAUCACGGCAGAGGAGAGCUACUGUGUCAGAAGCAUUCAAAUUAGAUCUGAACGUAAAGGAAAAUGUAAAUGAUAUUUACAAACUGACAGUAGAUAUAAGCAUGAGUUACCAGGGGGAAGGUAAUGAAACUGGUAUGGUGAUUCUAGAGGUUGAAUUACUGAAUGGAUUCCAACUAAGCGACCAAGGUAUCCCUACAACUGAAACAAUUAAACUUGUGGAACCUAAAGACAAUAAAGUUAACCUGUAUUUAUAUUCGCUGACCAGAGAUACCGUUACUGUGUCUGUUCCAAUGGUCCGUUCUGCAAGUGUUGCUGGGAGUCAAGAUGCCGCAGUUAAAAUUACUGAAUAUUACAACCCAAGGAACACUGUAACUCGAACAUAUAACUCGGCCACAAUGAAAAAGAUAUCAGUUUGUGAUUAUUGUGCACCCAACUGCACUCAAUGUAGAUCAGAUGUGGUGGUAAAAACCGUAAAACCAACCAACCCGCCAGCCAACAGCGCCUACAAACCUACAUUUUUCUUGCUUUGCAUUUCUAUGGUUUUUCUUCCUUAUCUUUUUUAGACAAUAGAAACAUAGACAGUCUUAGCUCUGUGCCUAGUAAUUAGCACCUAUGGUUGUUGGUCUCCUUGGGUUUAAUUUCCACCAAGGACACUAUGCGCAUAGAGUUUGUAUGUGUGGGUUUUCUUUUGGUGCUCUCGUUUCAUUUUGCAAUCCAAAGAUAAGAUCAAAGGGGUAUUAAGCCCAAAACCAAAAAUGUAUUGCAGCUUACCAGUCAUUAGAUGUGGUGGCUGCAUCAGUUUUCUUGUAUUGUUUUUU